CUAAAUAAUUGGAUCAUUUUAAAGAAAAAAAAAGAAAGUAAGAAAAGAAAACUAGAAGCAAUGGUGCUCGAGAAAAGUCUACCAAUGACUGCAGGAGAUUCAGAAUGCAGUUAUGCCAAUAACUCAAUCCUCCAGAGAACAGUGAUAGUAAAGGCAAAACCUGUGUUAGAAGACACAGUAAAAAAUAUGUUCAAGAAUGGUGACUUUCCAAUGUGUUUCACAAUGGCAGAUUUGGGUUGUUCUUCAGGACCAAAUACUCUUUUAUCCAUCAGCAAUGUUAUUGACAUAGUUCAUAAUUUGUGCAAAGAAAAAAACAAGUAUGAUGAGCCACCAGAAUUUCAAGUGUAUUUGAAUGAUCUACCAGAUAAUGAUUUCAACAGUGUGUUCAAAUCAAUUCCGUCAUUUCUUGAGAAUUUGAAAAAAGAGAAAGGAGAUAAGUUUGGAAAUAAUUGUUACAUAGCAGGAGUUCCUGGUUCUUUUUAUGAAAGGCUUUUUCCUAGCAACAGCUUGAACUUUGUUCAUUCCUCCUAUAGCCUCCAUUGGCUUUCUCAGGUUCCAAAAGGAUUGGAGAGCAACAAGGGAAGUAUAUUUAUAUCAAAGUCAAGCCCUCCCCAAGUACUAGAAGCAUAUUUCAAACAAUUUGAGAAGGAUUUUUCAAGCUUUCUACACUUUCGUUCUCAAGAACUAAUUAGUGGAGGGCAUAUGGUCCUUGUGUGUGUUGGUAGGAGCAGUCCAGAUCCAAAAAGCUAUGAUUCUUGCUGUUUGAUGGAUUUGCUAACAAAGUCACUUCUUCAUUUAGCAGCCGAGGGCAAAAUCAAAGAAGAUGAAAUUGAUUCAUUUAACAUGCCUUCUUAUACACCAUAUGAAGAAGAGAUAAAGAAGAUCAUACAAAUGGAGGGAUCAUUUACUCUUGAAAGACUUGAAGCCUUUGAGAGUGAUAUGGCUGCCAUUGAGAACCCUAAUGGCAAACAUUUCGAGGAUAGUGCCAAAUUAGCAGUUAAGACUAUAAGAGCUGUUACUGAGGUUAUGUUGGCUUCUCAUUUUGAAACCUCCAUAAUUGAUAAUCUAUUCGAAAUUUAUAUAAAGUAUGUCACUGAAUAUUUAUCAAUGGGUAGACCGAUAAAGUUCUUUAACAUCAGUCUAUGCCUGCAAAAAGUUUGAGACAUAAUAGGUAGCAGAUACUUGAUAGAAUAGCCGAUGUGCACGCGAGUUGAUUCGGACAUAGUUGUUAAAAAAAGAAAGAUUUGAGAGGUCAAUAGGCUCCCCUUUUUGGAUUAUUAAUGUUUCCCUUGAAGGUAAUCAUAGGAAAGAUGAAUAAGUUAGUUUUGGGAUACAUCUUGAAAUUUUAUCUGAAGAAUUUCUCCAUAUUGUGGAAUUUUGUUUUCCAGGAUAAUUAAAUUAUUUGUCUUUAUAAAA